CAGAAAAGAAAAAAAAAGCAGGGGCUUCCUUGUAUGUAUGUUCUGUUGUGCGGUUUGCUUUAUAAAGUAAAUCCCAUUUAUUUCCUUUUUAUUCUUCUUCUUCAUCUUCUUGGGUUUGGCUGUGUAUGUGUGUGUUGAGAUUCAUUCAAUCAAUGGCUUCAAGUGCUUCAAAGUUCAUAAAAUGCGUGACGGUUGGUGAUGGCGCCGUUGGUAAAACCUGUAUGCUCAUCUGCUACACCAGCAACAAAUUCCCUACUGACUACAUACCAACAGUUUUUGACAACUUUAGUGCAAACGUUGUAGUUGAAGGCACCACUGUGAACCUAGGGCUGUGGGACACUGCUGGACAAGAAGACUAUAACAGAUUAAGGCCUUUGAGUUACAGAGGAGCAGAUGUUUUCGUCCUGUCUUUCUCCUUGGUCAGCCGAGCUAGCUACGAGAAUGUUUUUAAAAAGUGGAUCCCUGAACUCCAACACUUUGCCCCUGGAGUUCCAUUAGUCCUUGUUGGUACCAAAUUAGAUCUUCGUGAAGAUAAGCAUUAUUUGGCUGACCAUCCUGGACUAUCCCCUGUAACUACUGCACAGGGAGAGGAAUUGCGUAAGCUAAUAGGUGCGACAUAUUACAUUGAAUGUAGCUCAAAAACUCAACAGUUUUUGAUUCGGCGAUCAAGGAAGUGAUCAAACCGGUGGUUAAACAAAAGGAGAAGACCAAUAACAAGAAGAAGCAAAAGUCUAAUCAUGGCUGUUUAUCGCGAGUCUAUAUAUAAUAUAUAUCCCAACAAACUCUCCCCCUACAUUUCUUUUGAAAUAUACUGACCUUACUACCUCUUUGUUUUUGGGCAGAAACGUUCUGUGUGGGAGGAUAGUGACUCGGCACUGAUGAUGAUGGCAAAGCCCACUCUUGGGUUUCUGUUAUAACACAUGUAGAUGGAAUCAUGUAAGAGAGAUGAUUAGCCUCUAAUCAAUCAAUAGUUUACAUUGAAGAGAUACAGAGAGAGAGAGAGAGAGAGCUUACUAUUACUAACUCAACUAUGUUUAACUGUUUCAGUCCACUAUAUUAGCCUUUUUGUUUGUAACAGAGAAUAAAAAAGUUCCGAUGAGAGUCUACUAGACAAGAAACGGCUUGAGAACCUGUAUCAGUCGCAAAGACAGUCAAUGAUCAAAACGCAGAGUUUCAUCAAAACAUCACGGAACAUAAUUCCAAUGGGCCGGAGAAACAGUCUUGCUAAACUUGGGCCUUAACCGGCUCAGAGUAAACAUACCUUUUCCUUUCUUUUUGUUUGCACAUUUUUGAAAAGGACCUUUUGUGUUAUCCACGGUAAACAAGUUGAAAGAUAACACUAUUGCCACA